GAUGUGGUGACUGGAGACCUACAUUUGACUGGAAAGAGCAAGCCAGAGCCAUGUGUAAGAUGCGAGAAACAAGACUCACUUGUCACCUCUCUGUGCUCCGGCGCUGGUGGUUGACGGCGAGUCAGGUGCCGAAGGGACAGCUCUAGCAGCGGCUGCUUUCGGGGGAGAAACAAAACCUGCAGGUCCAGGUCGGAGCCCGGUGACUUCCCCUUCAAGUGCGUGAGCUCUGCUGACCUCGGGUCAGCUCCGCCGUGGUCGCGGCCCGCCGCUGUGCCCGCUCCCGGCGGGGUCGCGGAGCGCCGGCUGGACCCGCCCCGAGCUCCAUGGUUUGCCCAGCCCUGCGCGAUGGUGACUCUGGGCGCGGAGGUUGGCGCGGGGCGAGCCCGCAGCUCGCAGAAUGAAGGCGGGGAGCGCGGCCGGCGGCCAGCGGGGACUGGCUCCGCGACCCCAGCGCCCGGAGAAGCGGCCCAACCACCUGAACCCGGAAAACGCCAACAAGUAGUUUCUCGUUGGAGAAGGGCGGCUCGGCUGGGUGUCAGGACUCAGUCCGGCUGCCCGGAGAACCUCGUCCACUCGGAAACCAAAGCAGAACCACUUUUCUGUCGGUCUCGUUAAGUCAUGUCUGAGCCACAGAGAUGGGCAAGAUCGAGAACAACGAGAGGGUGAUCCUCAAUGUCGGGGGCACCCGGCACGAAACCUACCGCAGCACCCUCAAGACCCUGCCUGGGACGCGCCUGGCCCUUCUCGCCGCCUCCGAGCCCCCGGGCGACUGCCUGACGGCGGCGGGCGACAAGCUGCAGCCAUCGCCCCCUUCGCUCUCGCCGCCGCCACGACCGCCCCCACUGUCCCCCGGGCCGGGCGGCUGCUUUGAGGGCGGCGCGGGCAACUGCAGUCCCCGAGGCGGCGGCGGCGACCACCCCGGGGGCGGCCGCGAGUUCUUCUUCGACCGGCACCCGGGCGUCUUCGCCUAUGUGCUCAACUACUACCGCACGGGCAAGCUGCACUGCCCCGCCGACGUGUGCGGGCCGCUCUUCGAGGAGGAGCUGGCCUUCUGGGGCAUCGACGAGACGGACGUGGAGCCUUGCUGCUGGAUGACCUACCGGCAGCACCGCGACGCCGAGGAGGCGCUCGACAUCUUCGAGACCCCCGACCUCAUCGGUGGCGACCCUGGCGACGACGAGGACCUGGCGGCCAAGAGGUUGGGCAUCGAGGACGCCGCGGGCCUGGGGGGCCCCGACGGCAAGUCUGGCCGCUGGAGGAGGCUGCAGCCCCGCAUGUGGGCCCUCUUCGAGGACCCCUACUCGUCCAGAGCCGCCAGGUUUAUUGCUUUUGCUUCUUUAUUCUUCAUCCUGGUUUCAAUCACAACCUUUUGCCUGGAGACACACGAAGCUUUCAAUAUUGUUAAAAACAAGACAGAACCAGUCAUCAAUGGCACAAGUGUUGUUCUGCAAUAUGAAAUCGAAACGGAUCCCGCCUUGACGUAUGUAGAAGGAGUGUGUGUGGUGUGGUUUACUUUUGAAUUUUUAGUCCGUAUCAUUUUUUCCCCUAAUAAACUUGAAUUCGUCAAAAAUCUCUUGAAUAUCAUUGACUUUGUGGCCAUCCUACCCUUCUACUUAGAGGUGGGACUCAGUGGGCUGUCAUCCAAAGCUGCUAAGGAUGUGCUUGGCUUCCUCAGGGUGGUGAGAUUUGUGAGGAUCCUGAGAAUCUUCAAGCUCACCCGCCAUUUUGUAGGUCUGAGGGUGCUUGGACACACUCUUCGAGCUAGCACUAAUGAAUUUUUGCUGCUGAUAAUCUUCCUGGCUCUAGGAGUUUUGAUAUUUGCUACUAUGAUCUACUAUGCCGAGAGAGUAGGAGCUCAACCUAACGACCCUUCAGCUAGUGAGCACACACAGUUUAAAAACAUUCCAAUUGGCUUCUGGUGGGCUGUAGUGACCAUGACUACCUUGGGCUAUGGGGAUAUGUACCCCCAGACAUGGUCAGGGAUGCUGGUGGGAGCCCUGUGUGCUCUGGCUGGAGUGCUGACAAUAGCUAUGCCAGUGCCUGUCAUUGUCAACAACUUUGGAAUGUACUACUCCUUGGCAAUGGCGAAGCAGAAACUUCCAAGGAAAAGAAAGAAGCACAUCCCUCCUGCCCCUCAGGCAAGCUCACCUACUUUUUGCAAGACAGAAUUAAAUAUGGCCUGCAAUAGCACACAAGGUGACGCGUGUCUGGGCAAAGACAAUCGGCUUCUGGAACAUAACAGAUCAGUGUUAUCAGGUGACGACAGUACAGGAAGUGAGCCGCCAUUAUCACCCCCAGAAAGGCUCCCCAUCAGACGCUCUAGUACCAGAGACAAAAACAGAAGAGGGGAAACAUGUUUCCUACUGACGACAGGUGAUUACACGUGUGCUUCUGAUGGAGGGAUCAGGAAAGAUAACUGCAAAGAGGUUGUCAUUACUGGUUACACGCAAGCUGAGGCCAGAUCUCUUACUUAAUGGCUUGGGGAAGGCACAAAACAUGAGAGAAAGUGUUGGACAGAAUUUAUCAUGGAUUUUUGACUGCUGAAAAAGGGACAAUGGAAUUUAGCCAUACCAAGGACUGUACGGG